AUGCUUAUCCAAGAAACUAUCUCACAAUAUGAUGAUCUUCAAGUAUUAGAAGUACCACAACAUGGUGAUCGACCUCAUAUCAUUGUUUAUCUCGAUUUUCAUUCAGGUCUUCAAUUGAUUAAGAAUGUCAAAGAUCAAAAGUGUCAGCUAUCCAACAUGGAACAAGAAACAAAGAUCGCUUAUCCAAGAUUAUUUUUGAGUGAGUCGAGUGGAGACGGGUUUGUAGUACCAGAUCUUCCGAUCGAUGCUAGUGGUGUUGAAGAGAUACAUAUUUUCAAACUAGAACGAGAAGAAACCAUUCAAAAUACAUCGUAUCUUCGAUUAGAACUUCAACAAGCUUGUGCUGGUCUGCCAGUGCAUUGGGCUGAUUCAGUUGAUGAAAAGGAUUUAGAUCGAAUGACGGAAACCGGAGAAAUAUUCUAUGAUCGAAAAGAUAAUACCAUUUUGAAACCAACAAACACAGAGAGUCGACUUAAUCGUGCAAACACUUGCAAUCCAAAUCCUCAAUUUAUGCCUCCAAGUCAAUCUGAUUGCCACGGUAUGUGCGUUAAUCAAAAAUGUCGAAUGACAUCGAACUCGUGUUAUUAUUUUAUUAUGUGUGAAAUGAAUUCACUAAUUGGACAAAAUUGUUUCAAACAUGCUGUUCAUAUGGGAGGUCAAUGUAAACUGUGUUGUAUGGAUCCCGGAUCACCCUGUUCAGCACCAACUAAUGGUGGAUUCUGGCGGCAUUGUGACUGCGUACAAUGGUAA